AUGUCAAAGCUGAGGAAAAAGUUUCUUGAACUUCUGCUAUGUGUGCUGUUGAUAAUCUUCACUUGUGUUGUUGGCUAUGGAGAAGCUCAAGGUAAGAGCUUUCUUGUGGAUUGUGGCUCAAAUACUUCAACGAAAGCCGAUGGAAGAAUAUGGGUUGGAGAUUUGUCUCCAAACAACAGUUUAACCCUUAGCUCAACAGGAUUUGAUGCCACUGCGUCGUCACCGAUCAAGAGCUCUGCUUUCUCAGAGAUUUACAAGUCUGCUCGUGUGUUCCCAACCACGUUAAACUAUACAUUUGAUGGUAUACCUCAAGGAAGUUACUUUCUCAGGCUCCAUUUCAGCCCUUUCGUCAUGGAAAACCACAAUGUGAAUGAGUCUUCUUUCAGCGUUUCCGCGAAUGGUAUGAGACUGAUGCUUGACAUGAACAUCCCUGGAGAAAUCGCUCAUAAAAAUCUCAUCUUGCAGAGCUCUGGCCACAACUCUACCGCCUCUUCUCUGGUUAAAGAGUUUCUUUUACCUCUCGGACCGGAGAAGCUGGUUUUGAGUUUCAGCCCGGAGAAAGAAUCGUUCGGCUUUGUGAAUGCUAUUGAGAUUGUUCCUGUUGUUGACAAGAUUUUCAAGGAGUCUGUUGCUAAAGUAGGUGGAAGCGAAGUGGAGCUUGGUUUGGGAGGACGAGGGAUGGAGACUAUGUAUAGGCUUAACGUUGGUGGUCCCAAGCUAGGUCCAAGCCAUGAUCUUAACCUGUAUAGGACUUGGGAAACAGAUUCCAGCUACAUGGUGAUUGAGAACGCCGGUGAAGAGGUCAAGAACAGCUCGAACAUCACAUAUGCUUUGGCUAAUGAAUCACCUGUGGCUCCUCUUGUUGUUUACGAAACCGCUAGGACGAUGACGAACACUGAAGUCUUGGAGAAAAGGUUCAACAUUUCUUGGAGAUUCGAAGUGGAUCCGAAUUUCGAUUACCUGGUUAGGCUUCAUUUCUGUGAGCUGCUUGUUGAUAAGCAGAACCAGAGGAUAUUCAAGAUUUACAUCAACAACAAGACCGCUGCUGGUAACUUCGAUAUCUAUGCUCAUGCGGGAGGGAAGAACAAGGCUAUUCAUCAAGAUUACUUCGAUCCUGUCUCCUCCAAGAACGACGUUCUCUGGAUUCAGCUCGGACCUGACACAUCCGCUGGUGCUUCUGGAACCGACGCUCUUCUAAGUGGUCUUGAGAUAUUCAAGCUGAGCAAGAAUGGGAAUCUUGCUCAUCUCAUGAGGUUCGAUUCGAGUGGUCACUCGGUGGAUGACUCGAAGAUGCGGAUGAUUUGGAUAUGUAUUGGUGCAGGAGUAGCAGCUAUCAUUCUUGUAGCGUUCUUGGUGACUUUUGUAGUGUGUUUGUGCAAGAUUAGGCGAAGCAAAUCAGAUGACUCCAAAGGCAACAAUCCUCCUGGCUGGCGUCCGUUGUUCUUGCAUGUCAAUAACAGUACAGCAAACGCUAAAGCAACAGGUGGCUCGCUGAGGCUGAACACUCUUGCAGCAUCUACAAUGGGUAGGAAGUUUACGCUUGCCGAGAUUCGUGCAGCUGCCAAGAACUUUGAUGAUGGUUUAGCUAUUGGAGUUGGAGGGUUUGGUAAAGUUUACAGAGGAGAGCUUGAAGAUGGAACGCUCAUAGCUAUAAAACGAGCAACACCGCAUUCUCAGCAAGGACUAGCUGAGUUCGAAACCGAGAUUGUGAUGCUCUCGAGGCUUAGGCAUAGGCAUCUUGUGUCUUUGAUUGGGUUUUGCGAUGAGCAUAAUGAGAUGAUCUUGGUUUAUGAGUACAUGGCGAAUGGGACUCUGAGGAGCCAUCUGUUUGGAAGCAACCUUCCUCCGUUAUCAUGGAAGCAACGGCUUGAAGCUUGUAUAGGGUCAGCGAGGGGAUUGCAUUACCUUCACACAGGGUCUGAGAGAGGAAUCAUUCACAGAGAUGUCAAGACAACAAACAUAUUGCUAGACGAGAACUUUGUGGCCAAGAUGUCUGAUUUUGGGCUGUCGAAAGCUGGACCUUCCAUGGACCAUACUCAUGUGAGUACAGCUGUGAAAGGGAGUUUUGGUUAUCUUGAUCCGGAAUACUUCAGGAGGCAACAGUUGACAGAGAAGUCAGAUGUUUACUCGUUUGGUGUUGUGUUGUUCGAAGUUGUUUGUGCUCGAGCUGUUAUAAACCCGACUUUGCCUAAAGACCAGAUCAAUCUUGCGGAAUGGGCUUUGAGCUGGCAGAAACAGAGAUCUCUCGAGUCGAUCAUCGACCCUAAUCUGAGGGGAAACUACAGUCCUGAGUCGUUGGAGAAGUAUGGGGAGAUAGCUGAGAAGUGCUUGGCUGAUGAAGGGAAGAACAGGCCAAUGAUGGGAGAAGUUUUGUGGCAUUUGGAGUAUGUUUUGCAGCUUCAUGAAGCUUGGCUCCGCAAACAGAAUGGAGAAAACUCGUUUUCGAGCAGCCAAGCGGUGGAAGAAGCGCCGGAGAGCUCUCUUCAAGCUUGUUCCAAUCAAGAUUCCUCCUCAGAGACUAAGAAGAGCCAAACAGGAUCAACAACUCUUCACAACGUUGUGUAG